GGUACGUGUCUCGUACCCUGGAGGAGAUUGCAGAGGCGAACACGUUCAUCAACGUGGCCAACAAACAUCCUGUGUUUAUGGAGAACUUCAUGUACGUGGCCCAGGAACAGAUGGCGGGCACACUGGUGCACAAGUUCCUGAUGGUGGAGGGUCCGCACCGGAAGACCUUUGUGAAGAAGUUCCUAAAGUACUUGAGCGAUAACAAAAUGCACAUGCCGCCACAGUACCAAGGUUUGAUAGUGGAUGGGAAACCCAAAGAACCCGAGAGUGUCAUCUACAAGCAAAUCGGGGCGACAAGACUAAUGCAGAUGAAGAAAGAAUCCGAAGAAAGAGUCGCCGACCUUAAGCAGGAACUUAAAAGGAAGCUCGCAUCUUAGUGGGUAGUGAAGUAUUUCGUUAUACGAGUACAGUCAACAUAUUGUACAUAUGUAUAUAUAAAAAGUAAUGAGGUACGCAUGAGUUGC